AUGCGAGAACGCAGCCAGGACAGCCAGGCAGGACUCGCGCUGUAUGUAGGACUCUUUGGACACCUGGGGAUGCUUCACAGGGCCAAGUACAGCCGCUUUCGGAACGAGUCCGUCACGUCUCUGGACGAAGCGAGCCCGGAAGGCUCGGUCGGAAACAAGGGCUCCACGCCGCCUCCCCACCCAGCCCUGGCCCCUCACCUGCCGGCUGAAGAUGCCGUUGCGCACGCCCAGGAGAGCCCCACAGCGCUGUGCACCUUGAUUCCGCGUAUGGCAAGCAUGAAGCUGGCCAACCCAAUCACUUUUCUGAGUCUGAAAACCUUUUGCCUGGGUACCAAAGAGGUGCCCCGGCAGAAGCUUCAAGAGAACCAGGAUCAGAGCAACCCACCGUCCCCGGAAUUCAGUCUGAGCAGGACUGAGCCUGCACCUCCAUCACAUCCGGACCAGGUGGGUCGCAGGGUCGUCUCCUUGCCUUCUGAUAUUUGUCCACCGCCUGGCCCUGGAGAACAGACCCUCAGGAGCAAGCAGGACCGGCACGCUCUGCAGCACCUGUUGGGGACCGGUCUGAACUACUGUGUGAGGUACAUGGGCUGCAUCGAAGUGCUGCAGUCAAUGAGGUCGCUGGAUUUUGGAAGGAGAACCCAAGUUACAAGGGAUGCAAUAAGCCGCCUGUGUGAAGUUGUCCCUGGGGCCCACGGAGCCAUUAAAAAGCGAAAGGCUCCCGUUAAGUGCCUGUCGACGGUUCUUGGCAAAAGCAAUCUUCAGUUUUCAGGAACGAUUAUAAAGCUGACUGUUUCAACCUGCAGCCUCACACUGAUGAACCUUGACAACCAACAGAUUAUUGCAAGCCAUCAAAUGCAAUCAAUUUCAUUUGCCUCUGGAGGGGACCCUGAUACCACAGACUAUGUUGCCUACGUAGCUAAAGAUCCCGUCAACCAACGAGCGUGCCACAUACUGGAGUGUCAAAAUGGAAUGGCCCAAGAUAUCAUAAGUACCAUAGGACAGGCCUUUGAACUCCGGUUCAAACAGUACUUGAAAAAUCCUUUCUUGAACACUUGGGAAAGCGAGGAGGUACACCUUGACGGCACAUCUGAAGACAGAGAUCACGACUAUUACAACGCAAUCCCAGGGAAGCAGCCGCCUGUGGGCGGCAUUGCAGAUGUUCGGAUUAAGGGUCCAGCUACGGACCAAAUGGCUUACUGCCCUAUCCGGUGUGAAAAGUUGUGCUAUUUGCCUGGGAACUGUAAGUGCAUCGGUGUGUAUGAGAACUGUGUGGGACAGAGCGGGCCAAUAGGUACGCCCCAUGAAGGAGAGAUGCAAAGUGAUGGCGCGUGGAGGAAGCACUCCAGCAGAGUGGAUCUCUUUGAUGACCCCUGCUACGUCAACACACAGGCUCUUCAGGGUACCCUUGGCCAUGGUGGGAAGCAAAGCCCCGCUCAGCCACAAGGGAACCCGUGGCACCUUAGAAAGGUACCAGAAACUGUGCAGCCGGGAGCCACCACUCAGCCUGUGAGCUCACACUCUUUACCACACAUUAAGCAGCAGCUGUGGAAUGAAGAAUGCUUCCACGGCCGGCUGAGCAGGGGGGCGGCAGAGAAACUGCUGGUGAAGGACGGGGACUUUUUGGUUCGAGAGAGCAUAACAUCUCCUGGCCAGUAUGUACUGAGCGGACUGCAAGGUGGCCAGGCCAAACAUCUUCUUUUGGUGGAUCCUGAAGGCAAGGUGAGAACCAAGGACCACGUAUUUGAUAAUGUGGGCCACCUUAUCAAAUACCACAUGGAUAACAGUUUGCCAAUCAUCUCUUCUGGAAGUGAAGUAAGCCUUAAACAACCAGUAAGAAAAGAUAACACAGGACUUUUGCAUUCCAAGAAAUGACA